AUGGUGAGGUUUAGGAGCGAUGGCGAUUCGGGUCCGGGUCUGGACGAACCGGGUUCGAGCGGGAUUCACGGCGGAAUCCGGCGAUUCCCGCUCGCAGCUCAGCCGGAGGUUAUGAGAGCAGCAGAGAAAGACGAUCAAUACGCCUCUUUCAUCCACGAAGCCUGCCGCGAUGCCUUCCGACACCUUUUCGGUACAAGAAUCGCUCUAGCUUACCAGAAAGAGAUGAAGCUUAUUGGGCAGAUGCUUUACUUUGUUCUCACGACAGGCUCAGGGCAACAAACUCUAGGAGAGGAAUAUUGUGACAUUAUACAGGUUGCAGGACCUUAUGGGCUCUCUCCUACACCAGCUAGACGUGCUUUGUUCAUAUUGUAUCAGACUGCAGUUCCAUAUAUCGCAGAGAGAAUUAGCACUAGAGCUGCCUCACAAGCUGUUACCUUUGAUGAGUUUCAGUCUGAUGAUAGUCCAAGAAUGGUGGAUGUUCCAUCUUCAUCUCAAAUGGAAACUUCAGCUUCUGCUGUGUCUAGGUUGAAAGAUAGAGUGAAGAGAUUGUGGCACCGAGCGAUUCAGAGAUGGCCUGUGGCUCUUCCUGUUGCUCGUGAAGUCUUGCAACUUGUUCUCCGUGCUAAUUUGAUGCUCUUCUAUUUUGAAGGUUUGUAUUAUCAUAUAUCAAAACGUGCGUCCGGGGUUAGAUAUGUUUUCAUAGGAAAGCAAAUGAAUCAGAGACCUAGAUACCAAAUUCUCGGGGUUUUCCUUCUAAUUCAGUUGUGCAUCCUUGCUGCUGAGGGCUUGCGGCGGAGUAAUUUGUCGUCUAUCACAAGCUCAAUUCAGCAAGCGUCUAUAGGAACUUAUCAAACUUCAGGAGCGAGAGGGUUGCCUGUUUUAAACGAAGAAGGAACAUUGAUAACUCCGGAAGCUGAAAAGGGAAACUGGUCCACAUCCGAUUCAACUUCAAAUUUGGAGGCAGUAGGGAAAUGCACUCUCUGCUUAAGCAAACGUCAGCACCCGACAGCCACUCCUUGCGGUCAUGUCUUUUGUUGGAGCUGCAUUAUGGAAUGGUGCAAUGAGAAGCAAGAAUGCCCACUUUGUCGAACACCCAAUACCCAUUCAAGUUUGGUUUGUUUGUACAGUUCUGACUUUUAA